AUGGCCGACGAACGCGAUGAUUCUGCUGCGCUUGACGUGGAGGACACUCCCUGGGCCCCUACUUCAACCUCCUCCAUCCCCGACAACAUUCUCGAGUGCCAUCAGCGACUUGAAUCUGAUGUCGCUGGGCCCUACUUCGUGCCGCUCAAACUCGAACCACGUAUCUUCGAGAGCAUCCGCCCGCAGCUCAAUGACCUCUUCCGUCGCUGCGACUACGACGCUGACGUUGGUAUCGUAACCCUCAGAAUGCCAUCCAAGAUUCACGACGACUUUGCCACCGAGUUUGGACUCGUGCUCCAGAAAAUGAUCGACGACAUCCUGCGCGCGGUGCCCAACGCGCCUAGAAUCACGGACCGCCAGAGCCGACUGGUGAAGCUCUGGGAGCACGACAAGGCUAAGAAAGGUCGAGAGUGCUACCCGGACGGGCAGUUCAAGGACGAUCGCGCGAGUAAGCCAGGUCUUGUCUACGAAGUCGGCUAUUCUCAAACCGGAGAGAGCCUUGAGAAGGUCGCCAAAGACUAUAUCGUCGGGACUAAGGGUGCUAUUAAUACCGUAAUCUGCUUCAACCUUAAGUAUAAAGAGGGGACGGUCGAGGCAGUCUGUGACCUGGAACCCACGGCAUUCCAGGACUCCAAUGGCCGAAUGGUCAAUGGCGACAAACUCGUCAAGCUGCGACUCACGGACAUGGCUAAGGAGAAGUACUCGGACGACUACCCACUCGCGCCGAUCUACGUCCCGUUCACUGAGCUCAGCCGAAUUCUCGAUUUUGCAAAGGCUCAGCCCGAAGGAAGCUCGCCAUAG